AUGCUGCGUCGCUGGUCGAUCGCCCCGAGGCGUGCCUUCGCCGCAUCCCUCCCCGUCGCGAGGCCAAGGAUAGCCGCCCGACCUGUCGCUGCCCCGAGAAGAAACAUUUCACUCUUGCCAUGGAGACGAAAUCGCGCGCCCACGCAGCCGCCGCUCCCAGUCUAUUUCUCCAGGGGCGGUCCCGUUCUUCGGCCCGGUAACUGGAAAGGGCCACUUGGCCGAGUGCUCUUUGCACUUGUGGCAUACACCGUGUGCUGGCAAAUCUACGUGUCCGUCGUCUUCGACCCGCUCCUCGACUGGGCAGACACCGAAUGGAACGCUCUGUCGGAAGAGGAAAAGGACGAGGUGGACCAGGCGGCAGACCCAGACGAGCCGAUCCUGUUUCUUCCCUUUCCAUUCAUGACAAAACUGGUCGAGCAGCCGCCGUACAAAGGCUCGGAUCCCGAGUGGUCAACGUUCAUCGCCGUCAGCAAAGACCAGCAACUUCAGAAAGACAUCAAGCGCGGCCUAGCUGAGACGAUACGAAGCGCCGCGGCGAAAAACCCCCAAUACAUCAAGGCACUUGGGGGCCACGAUAUCAAACUCAGAAAAUAUUGGCUCGACAUCCUCUACCCUCCUCGACCUCCCCCGAAGCACUACAUGUCUGGGAUCAUCGUCUUCGACGACGGCAUUUACUGGGGAGACCGACCCAUCGACUCUGCGACGGCCGGCAGCCUGAGCAUGGCUCUGUACCCGAAGGCUGUUGCUGCCGCCGUGUGGUCCUUUGGAAACUCCCUGGUCAAGCAGACUGCGCAUGACGUCGCCAAUGCUCUCAGGUUGAACCCACCCACGCCACCGCCAGAAGCAACAGACCCACAACAUGUUGUGCUGCAGACAGACGCCAACCGUGUCUUUGAGGCAUCCGUCAGGUCUGAGGCAUCGACCGGGUCGACAGCUUCCUCUAUUCAGCCCGCGGGCGACGAAAGAUUGCGCAACACGUCCAGCAGCGAGGGCUCAGGGGACCCGCGCAUCCAGGCUGCCCUGCAUGCGGCCAGUGGCGCUCUCGUCAAAAACUGGCAGCAGGCUCCACCGCUUCCAAAUCGAGGCUGUAUUCGCGUGGAUGGCAUGGUGGAAAUUUACGGCGACACGGCUAUCCUAUGCGUCUACGUCUUGGCCUCGUACGAUCCGAAGCUGAAGAAGUACGUGGGCAUCCAAACCGGCCUGAAGCAUCUGGCUCAGCUCAAGCAGAGGCCUGCGAGCGGGUAA